GCUGGCUCCGACCGCACUCCCGCCGGCGGCACGGCCGCGGCUCUUCUACGUCUCCGGGAUCCCGGGCUGGGCUCGGGCGGAGGUCGGAGCGUGGAAUCGGGGUGAGGUCGCUGGGCGGGCCGAUCGGCGUGGGCGUCGGUCCGCGGUUCCGGGAGGCGCAGUUGGAGCCCGGAGGCCACCGGGGCGCGCACUGCCCGCAUGGCCGCCAUCAAGGCGCUGCAGCAGUGGUGCCGGCAGCAGUGCGAGGGCUACCGCGACGUGAGCAUCACCAACAUGACCACGUCUUUCCGCGACGGCCUGGCCUUCUGUGCCAUCCUGCACCGCCACCGGCCCGACCUCUUAAACUUCGAUGCUCUUAGGAAGGAAAACAUUUAUGAGAACAACAAACUGGCCUUCCGUGUGGCCGAGGAGCAGUUGGGCAUCCCGGCCCUGCUGGACGCUGAGGACAUGGUGGCCCUGAAGGUGCCUGACCGGCUGAGCAUACUGACCUACGUGUCACAAUACUACAACUACUUUCACGGACGCUCCCCCAUCGGGGGCAUGGCUGGCAUCAAGAGGCCCCUGUCAGGCUCCGACGAGGAACUGUCCGGGAAGAAGGCCCCGGCCCAGCCGGCCAGGCCCUCUCCCACCCUCCCGACCCAGGGCCCGCCGCUGUCUCCAGCCCCAGCCAGCACAAAGCCCGCCGUCCAGUGGAAGGAUGGCCCCCUGCCAAAGACUGGCCAGGCCUCGGCGGGCAGCUCCAUCAGCAGCACCUGUGGGGUCUGUGGCCAGCACGUGCACCUCGUGCAGCGACACCUGGCUGAUGGGAAGCUCUACCACCGGAGCUGCUUCAGGUGCAAACAGUGCUCCAAUACGCAGCACGCCGGGGCAUGCAGGUCUACUGCCGGGCCUGGCAUCUCCGAGCGCUCCAGCCACCACCCCGCAGCUACCUCUGCAGGCCUGGACUCCCGACAGCCAAGGGCUGGCCCGUUGGACUCCAAGCUGCCCAGAGCCCCUUGGAAGGCCCAGGAAGCAAAUGGGCACAGCGACAUGGGGCCCACGGCCAGGCCAGCGGUCUUGGAGCCUGUGGUGGGCAACUCAACUCCCAAAGAUGUCAGCGCCACUACAGCUGGCCCUCAGGCCACUGCCUCGUCCUAUGUUCACCCAGCCAGGUCCUCAGCAGGCCCUCUGGGGGGCAAAGCCAGCAUGCCUGUGGCCAACAGUUCCCCCAGAGGGUGGUCCUCGCCGGUACAGAACACGACCCUGAGCGCCCCAGACCCUCGCCCAGCCAUGCCGGAAGGCCAGGUGAUCCUCCAGGUGACAGCCCCCCAGACUAAGCCCAGGUUGGGCCUGGCAUCUCCAGGCCGGGCAGACACCCCAGACACACCCCCAUCGGCUUCCAGGACACAGCAGGCCCGGGAGAGUUUCUUCCAGAUGCCUGGAGCCGCCUCCCGCCCUGGCCCUGCUUGCAUGGCCCCAGUGCCUACAGAUGUGGCUCCUCAGGACCGCAGUAGGGAGCAGGCACUGAACUUCCUGCAGAAGGCCCUGCCAGGGCUCAGGGACACCAGCGCUCAGGAACCUGUCAGGCCCUCCCCAGUCAUCUCUCCUGCUCUGGAAUCCCACACCAGAACGGAAGGGCCACGAACAGGUCCACUGGCCAAGCUGUCACAGCUGGCAUCUCCCCAGGCCCUUAGCCCCCCUGCGAGGACUGAGCCACCAGCCCCCCUAAGUGAGGGUGCCACCUCCCGGGCAUCCGGGCCAGCCCAGGCGGGCAGGAAGAGCUCACCUGCAUCCUCGAGGGCCGGCAAGGCGGGUGCUGGCUCCAAGCUGCAGCUGGAGAUCCCGCGGGCCAAGGGCCCGAGUUCUGGCCCCCAGGAAGGCCAGGAGGAUGGGCCGGCAGGAUGGAGGGCCCGCCUGAAGCCCGUGGAGAAGAAAAACCCUGCUGAGAGGGGUCUGGAGCUGAAGGAGCCGAGGGUCCUGGGAGAGCCCAGGGUGGGCAAUGGACCCGUAAAGGUCCCUGGGAGCUCCGAUUGGCGCGUCCGCACCCCUCUUGGGCCUGAGAAGACACAGGGCACAGCAAGCCCUGGGCCCAGCCUGUCAGGUAAUGCUGCAUGGGAACCCAGGGCCCAGGUGCCUGAGGAGCUGUAGAAGCUGGCUGUCCCUGCCAGCCUGGACGUUUCUGGAGACUGGCUUCGGCCCGAGCCCCCGGACCAGGAAGCCCCGUCCCGGAGCUGGAAGAAGGAGAAAGAGAAGCGCCCAGCUCCAGAGCCACUAGGGAGGCCCUUGGGCUUGGCCAGUGGUCCUACUGUACCUGGCAAGGGAGUGACCAAUGCCGCCAUGCUGCAGGCUGACCCCCUACCCCAGGAGAUCCAGAGGCAGAUGCAGGACAUUGAGAGGCAGCUGGACGCCCUGGAGCUCAGGGGCGUGGAGCUGGAGAAGCGUCUGCGUGCGGCCGAGGGGGAUGCCUCGGAGGACGCGCUCAUGGUGGGCUGGUUCCAGCUCAUUCACAAGAAGCAGCUGUUGCUGAGGCAAGAGUCGGAGCUGGUAUACAGGGCCAAGGACCAGCGCCUGGCAGAGCAGCAGUUGGACCUGGCAGGGGAGCUGCGCCAGCUUAUGGCCAAGCCCGAGAGUCUGAAGUCUCCCCAGGACCGGCAGCGGGAGCAGGACCUGCUGAGCCAGUACGUGCACACGGUGGACGACCGUAGCACCAUCGUGGACAUCCUGGAGGAAGACCGGCUCAGGGAGCAAGAGGAAGACGAGAUGCUACAGAACAUGAUGCAGAAUCUGGACCUCUACAGAAGCAGUGGGGACCAGAGGAAGAAGCCCAAGUUCCGCUUGUCCAGGAUCUGGUCCCUGAAGGGCAGAAGCAGGACCCCCGAGUGAGCUGCCUAGUGGGGCUGCAGGACCCUCACCCUUGACCUUGACGGGCACUGUGGGGGUGGGAAUGUGGGGGUGGGGUCUGAGCCACCUCAAUAAAGAAACUGACCGCA